GCUAACGUGAGCAUGUGGGUCGCAGCGUGCUAACGUGCACCCCAACAUUUAUCAUCCAUUUGAGGCUUAACCUAUAUUCACCCCUCUCGUCCCUCGUUUCGGUUCCCCUCACUCACCUCACACCGUUGAUUCAUUCGCAAUCAUCAGAGAGACUCGCCGAUCAACCAUGGCUGACCGUGCCUCCGCCAGCACUCGCCUCCACAUCUCCGCCGCACCUCCCUUUCCGAUCUCCAAAGAUUUCCAUGGCCCUGACAAUCCAAUUCCACUUUCACCACAGUGGCUUCUGCCUAAGCCAGGGGAGAGUAAACCUGCAAUAGGAACUGUGGAAAAUCAUGUGAUCUCAACUCCACCAAAUGGCAAUCGCUCAGAGACUGUUAAGACAUCUGGAAAUGGAGAGGAUGUUAAUGAUGACCAUAAACGAAAGGAUGUCUUUCGACCAUCCAUGCUUGACUCCAAAAGUGGAUGCCGUGAACGUUGGCGUGAUGAAGAGAGAGAUACUAAGUCCUCCAUACACAAGAAUCGUUGGAGGAAUGGAGACAAAAACCUAAGUGACACUCAGAGAAUGGAUCAGAGGACUGAAAAUCCAUCCACAAGGCACUUUGGAGAAGCACGUCGUGGCACAUCUGAUAGAUGGAAUGAUUCAGGCAAUAGAGAUACAAACUUUGAACAGCGGCAUGAGAGUAAGUGGAACACACGCUGGGGUCCUGAUGAUAAGGCGCCAGAAGGUCUUCGUGAAAAACGGAGCAGCCCUGGUAAAGAUAGUGAUCGGCAUGUAGACAAAGGUUUGCCUAACAUUUCCAAUCUUGUUAAGGAUGAAAAGGAAGGGGAUCAUUAUCGGCCAUGGAGACGCAACUCCUCACAAAGCCGUGGAAGAGUAGAGCCUACCCACCACCAGAAUGGGAUGCCAAACAAACAAGUGUCUGCAUUGCCAUAUGGGUGGGGCCAUGGGGAAGAUACACCUCCAGUCAUUGCUUUUGGGCGUGCUCGGCUUGGCUCUGGUGGUAGCUCCAUUAAUAGCACAUAUAUGCAUUCUCAAUAUCCUGGAACUUUAUUGGAUAAAGUUGAAAGUGAGCAGGGAGAAGCUCGUCCCUUUAGAUAUAGUAGGACAAAUUUGCUUGAUGUAUACAGAGUUGCUGAUAUGCAUACAAGUAGAAAACUAGUGGAAUUUGUGCAGGUACCUUCUGUUACUCAGGAUGAACCAUUGGAGCCUCUAGCUCUUUGCUCACCAAAUUCUGAGGAACUGUCUGUAUUAAAGGAUAUUGAUAAAGGGGAAAUAAUUAGUAGCAGUGCACCUCAGUUGCCAAAAGAUGGACGGAACUCAACAGAAUUUACGCAUUCAAGACGAAUGAAGCCUGUAAAUGCACCUUUCCAAGAUAGAGUCGAAGAUAAUGAUUCUUACCGAAUGGCUGAUGAGGUGCCUAGUAAUAAGGAAUCAACCUUUGAAGAAAGUCAUUCUGCACAUCAUGGUGCUACAUGGCGUGGCACACCACUUGGUGAACAUGCAGGCACACUCAUGCAUGAUGGCAGAGAUGUGUCCAGUGAUAUUAAAUCAAGAAACUCAGAUAUGAGCUGGUCACACCAGCCAAAAAAUACUCAUGCUCAGUGGGAGCAUAAUUUGGAUUAUUUAUCUGAAACCAGAGAUGUGACUAAGUGGCAAUCUAGUGGAGAUCCCAUUAAGAGGCAGCUAUCUGGAAUUUUGGACAGUGAAUUUGAAUCCAGGAGAGUUCAACAGAUUUGUCCAGAGGAGUUAUCCCUCUUCUAUAAAGAUCCUCAGGGUCGCAUUCAGGGCCCGUUUAAAGGAAUUGAUAUUAUUAGUUGGUUUGAGGCUGGAUACUUUGGUAUAGAUUUACCUGUUCGUCUGGAAAAUGCAGCAUCUGACUCACCAUGGUUGCAACUUGGUGAUGCCAUGCCCCAUUUACGAGCUAAGGCUCGACCACCACCUGGAUUUUCUGCAGCAAAACUUGACUCUUCAGAGGCAUCUGGUCGGCCAUAUUCCAGUACCUUUGGGAACAUGCAUUCUGGUUUAAGCGAGGUUGAGAUGCUGAGAAAUGAUUCUAUGCAUAGGAGUUCUACUACAGAAGCUGAAAAUAGGUUUUUGGAGUCACUCAUGUCUGGUAGCAAGAGCAGUUCCCCACUCAGUAGUCUCACAUUAUCAGAAGGUUUACAAGGGUUUCUUGGUAAUGAUUCUGGUAAUUUGGGCCCAUCAGGAGUAGAUAGCGGAAACAACCUUUACUUACUGGCCAAGAGGAUGGCACUUGAACGUCAAAGAUCCUUGCCCAAUGCUUAUCCAUACUGGCCAGGGAGGGAUGCAGCACCCCUUCCACCAAAAUCAGAUAUUUUUCCAGAUGCAUCGCCACAUUCAAAUAUGUUGUCUUCUUUGAGUGACAAUUCUCGUCUGCUUCAGUCCCAAAGUUCUGAAUUGAUGUCAAUAAUCCAAGGAUUAUCUGAUAGGUCGUCCACAUGCUUAAAUAGUGGCAUUGCUGGAUGGCCAAAUUUUCUUUUGCAAGGUGGAUUGGAUCCCCCCAUUCAGAAUAAGAUUGACUUGCAAGGUGGAUUGGAUCCCCCCAUUCAUGAUCAAAAUUAUGUUCAAAUGCCAUUUGGAAUUCAACAACAAAGAUUGCAAACACUGAAUCAAUUGCCCUUAAAUAACUUAAUUGCUCAAAAUUCAGAUAUUCCAUCUAGUAUUUUGACAGCAGAGAAAUUGCUUUCUUCUGGUUUAUCCCAAGAUCCCGAAAUGUUGAAUAUGUUGCAGCAGCAGCACUUGCUGCAGUUGCAUUCUCAGGCAGCAGUGGCUCCUUCACAACAGUUGCAUUCUCAGGCAGCUGCUCCUUCACAAACUAUGCCUUUGUUAGAUAAACUUCUAUUGCUAAAGCAGCAACAGCAGCAGGAGGAGCAACAGCUGUUAUUGCGCCAACAACAGCAGCUGCUUUCUCAAGUGCUUCAGGAGCAUCAGUCUCACCAGCGCUUUGGCAAUUUAUCUUAUCAACAGUUUCAGGGAGGUGGAAUACCCCUUGGGAAUUUGCAUGUGAAUCUUUCUCAAAUUCAACCACCAAAAGAAAUUUUUCCCAUGAGCUCUCAGACACCAAUUCCCAGUGUUCAGGGUGAGCUUACUACUAAUUCUUUGGAUUUACCUCUGCAAGUAAGCCAGGACACUAGCUAUAAUAUAAGCAGUGAAUCUUCUGCCCAGUUGUCUGACCAAUUAUUUGAGAAUAUUGGUGAUCAGAAAAGCUGGAGUGCUACACUUCCUGAGCAAAUUAAUGACAAUUACCAGAAGGAAACAUUGCCUGUAUCAGCUUCUGUUGAAGGCUCACUAUUGCUUGAGCAGAGCAGAGCCAAAGAGGAACCCGGCAAUGCCCAGAAACUUCUUCCUUUUUCUGACUAUACUGCUAAAACCUUGGAGCAGAUGCCAGACAAUACUUGUAGGAAUGAUGAUACCCUUGUGAGUGCAACUUCAGAGUCUGAUGAGAAUUCUCAGCCGAUACAGUGUGUCACACCUGCUGUGGAUAUGUCUUCAGCUGCAUCUUGUGGUACCGAGUUACCACUAGUUAGUCAACUGAGUGAAGAUGUAGAGAUUAAAUCAGAUAGUCUUGAAGAGCAUCAUGGUGGAAGAGAGAGCUCAAAGAUUGAUCCCUCAGUGGUUGAUGUGAGAAGUAUUGAAGUACGUGAACCCAAAAAGACUGCUGAGAAGAAAUCUAAGAAGCAAAAAUCUUCUAAAUCUCAGUCUUCUGGUCAGGCAAAGGGAUUGCUAAAAAAUGUCCCUUUGCAGCAGUCAAAGAAAUCAGAACCUGAGAAGCCAAAUUAUAGUGAAGCCAACAAGGGUGAACCAGCUCAUGAAACAUUUAUGCAACAAACAAAGGGUAAGGAUAAACAAUCUGCAACUGCUACUGCAGAAACAGAUGAUAAUCAAGAAGUUAGUGGCCUACCUACUAAUAUUCCAGGAAGCAACACUAAAACAGUUAUCGAAAAUGAGUUAAAGGCAGUCAGUUCUGUUGCCACACAGAAUACUGAAUUACCUUCAGCGAGAGCUUGGAAACCUGCUCCUGGUUUCAAGGCAAAAUCUCUCUUAGAAAUUCAACUGGAAGAACAAAAAAAGUCACUGACAGAAAAGCUUGUAUCUGAGGUUGCUACUCCUGUCAAUUCCAUGAGCUCAACAACUCCCUGGGUUGGAGUUGUCGCCAAUCCAGACUCUAUGAAGGUGUCAAAUGAUGGCCACAGAGAAGCAGAAAAUACUGAAUAUCUGGCUAAAGCUGAAAAAUCUCAAAAUAGUAAAAGCAAGAAAAGCCCAUUACAUGAUCUAUUGGCAGAAGAUCUUGUACCAAAAUCUAGUGAAAGAGAUGGCAAGGUUCCUGACAGUAUGCUCCCCUCACAAAAUAUAGCUGUUCACUCAAAACUGGUAGAUGAUGGAGACUUUAUUGAAGCUAAAGACACUAAAAGAAGCCGGAAAAAAUCUGCAAAGUUGAAGAGUUCAGGAGCUAAGGUUUCAAUGCCAGUUGCCUCUAGUGAAGUACCCAUAAGCCCAAUUCACAUUGAAAAGGUAAAAAGCUCCCGUUCUGUUCAGCAGGAGAAAGAACAACUGCCUUCCAUUCCUUCAGGACCCUCUUUGGGAGAUUUUGUUCUUUGGAAAGGAGAGCCAACAAGCCCAUCUCCUCCUCCAGCAUGGACUACUGAUUCUGCUAGGAUUCCUAAACCAACAUCAUUAAGGGACAUUCUAAAGGAGCAGGAGAAGAAGUCCUCUGCAGUACUCCCAAAUCAACUGCCUACUCCUCAAAAAUCACAAACUGCCCAAGCUGCACGGAGUAGUGGUUCUUCACGCCCAAUUUCAGCUUCAUCUCCAUCAAAAACUGCACCUUCUAGCCAGAUAAACUCCCAAGCUUCUCUGUCAAAAUACAGAGGGGAUGAUGAUAUGUUUUGGGGUCCAGUCGAGCAAUCCAAGCAAGAAAAUAAGCAGUCAAAUUUCCCUCAACUUGCUAGGCAGGGGAGCUGGGGUUCUAAAAGUGUUCCCAUGAAAGGUAAUUCACCUGGAUCAUUGAGUCGACAAAAAUCUGGGAGUGGCAAACCAACUGAGCAAUCUCUAUCAUCAUCACCUGCCUCUUCUCAAUCACUGCUAAAACUGAAAAAAGAUGCAAUGACCAAGAAUUCUGAAGCCAUGGACUUCAGAGUUUGGUGUGAGAAUGAAUGUGCGAGGCUCAUUGGGACAAAAGAUACAAGUUUCCUUGAGUUUUGCUUGAAGCAGACAAGAUCUGAAGCAGAGAUAUUUCUCACAGAAAACCUGGGAUUAUAUGACCAUGAUCAUGAAUUCAUUGAUAAAUUCCUCAAUUACAUGGACCUACUACCAUCAGAUGUUUUGGAAAUAGCUUUUCAAACCGUGAAUGAUCGGAAAGUUGAUGCAAAUACAGAUGUACUAGAGCUAGGUUACACUGAUGGAUCCUUUUCAAAAGUUGGAAAGAAGAAAGGCGGCAACAAAGGAAAAAAGGUAAGCUCUUCAGUUUUGGGAUUCAAUGUCGUGAGUAACAGGAUCAUGAUGGGUGAGAUCCAGACAGUAGAAGACUAACAUAACAUAGGUUAUUGCGGAACGUGUAAAUACUUUUUGGCCAUACGUGUAUUUUGUAAAUGUAUUUUCUGUUAUUCAUUUAACUUUUUUUGGCUUUUUUAACAGUAGCAGCAUCAAUUGUAUCUGCUCAAUCAGUUUUGUUGUCUUAAAUGUAUUUUGACGUUUGAUCACGCUGACAAACAUAAUAUUGUGUCAGCCUUAACUUGAUUCAAUUAAUUUGCUGUUUAUCUUUUGUAAGCAAGCUAAUUGAUUCGUAGGCAGAGUCUGUAGCUUGUAAAGCCCGUUUUGGAAAACUGUUCUGUUUCUAUUUCUUGAUU